GCUCUAGUUUUUUUCAGUUGUAAACAACUAUAUUUUACUUUCGUCCAUUAUUAAAAUUUUCUACGUAUUACGAGAAAUAAUACGGAUAAAUUACUAUGGAUACGCCAGAUGAAACGAAAGCUCAACGAAAACCUGAUUACAGUUGGGAUGAAGAAACGUUAGAGGAAUUUCGAAAAGAUGUUCUGAAGGAAAACGAUUUCAAAUGUAAAACGGAUGACAUAUUCCUUCUGAGUUUCUUACGAGCAAGAAAAUUCAACAGAGAAAGAGCAUUGACAUUGCUCAAGAACUAUUAUUUGACAAGGAAGAAGUAUCCCGUUCUUUACAAAAAUCUUAAGCCUUCAGCUUUAGAAGAAAGCUUACGUCAGAACGCGUUAUCAUGUGUAAAAACUGAAAAUGAUACGGUAAUAACAUUAUUUAGUUUCGGUCAUUGGGAUGCUACUAAAGUGGGAAUAGUGGAUAUGUUAAGAGCCGUGUUGUUAUCCGCUGACUUUGAACUGAAUAAUCAUCCUAUACAAGUAAAUGGAUACUAUGUUUUAUUUGACGCAAGGAUAUAUCGUGGAGACAUAUUAUUCAGUACACUCCAAGAAAUAUUCAAUUAGUGGUUAUGAGCAUGAUGAAAUGCAUUCCUAUCCGCUACAAUGGAAUUUACGUAGACAACAGUAAC